AUGAAGUUGUUGAAUAGUUCAGUGAAACCGUUGGUUCUGACUCAUAUUGUUGGCAAGAACGUCUUCAUUAAUGAGCAAACUCUUAUCAAUUGGCCAGCGUGGUUCUGGUGGUCGAUUGUUGGUGGAAGUUUAAUUUGUUGCUUGAGUUGUAUGGUCUGGAUAGUUUCCUCGCUCCUAUUUUUGAGAAGAGAAAUGCCAUGUACCCAUACAGUUCAAGUUGUAGUUGAGCAGGAUGGAGGAACUCCUCAAAAGCCGACAAGUGAUCCGAUGAAAGAAGAUGAUGUCGCUCAAGAUGAUCCGCCUGAAAAUGAGAAUCCUUCAACAGUUGAGAGUGGAUUACACACUGAUCUACCGUCUUUCAUCCAAAGAUCCGCUAAAACAACAGAAAGAAAUGAAGUGAUAGACUCGAAGAAACCGGAGCCACUAUCUGAUGUGGCAGGAGAAUCAAAGAAAUCUGCAAAGUCUAGAAAAUCUUCAGUUUCCCGCAAAUCGUCUAAAAAUGAAUCCAAAAAAUCUUCGAAAAAAUCAGCAAAAUCGUCGAAAUCAGCAAAAUCGUCUGAGCCAAUAGAUAGACAAGAUGGUGGAAAAGACAAGGAAUAUUGCAUUCAAAUAGACUCAAAUGAUUAUGAAAUGGCGUCUGAACCAAUCAAAUAUGGGUUCUUUCAAAAGAUAUCCCGUUCAAUGUUCUACUCAAGAGAUUUCUAA